GACGUGGCGAAAUUCAUCGCUCGAACGAAACCACACAACAAUCCCUGCUUCAGGGCUCCAAACAUAUCGCCAUUACGCAUGUAGAGAGCUUUGUUUCUCUGCUCGGAGCGCACGGCCUCAGAACCGGAGGAUGCUGCUGAGGCGCUGCAAUCAGUUGAUAAACAAGAGGCAAAGUUUGAUUUCCUUUUAGAACUGAGCAACAAAGAGGAAAGGAAAUAAAAAAAGGUGAGUCAUCUCCAUUGAUGUGCAUCAGAGGGACCGUUAUCAGAGCAAGAAACUCUUCCUGAAGUCUGUAGUCUUUCUCUGAAAUCCAGUGCAAACAUGAGGGACAGACUAAGCCACCUGCAGGAAGUGUCCACUGGCAGUAUCGAAACCUCUGAGUAUGCAGAGUCCACCUUUUCUGACACCUUUAGUAAUGUCGACCUGGAAGAGGAGCUACCCCAUCAGGCAGUCGUGUUCGACAACAGCCCUGCUCUCUCCGAUGUCUUUGCUCAAUCCCAGGACAUCCACCGAGAGGUACAACUUAUCCGAGUUGAAGUUAAAAGGCUCCGUGAGCAGAAUUCCCGCAUGCUCCAUGGCAACACUACCAUGAGCACAAUUAAAAAAGACUCCAAUGCUAUAGGCGCAGACAUAAAGAAGAAGGCUGAGGAUGUCCUAGAACGCCUGCACAAAAUGGACGGAACAGCCCACAAGUUAGAGCAGGAACAUGGCGAAAAUUCUGCAGUCACACGCAUCGCCCGAACCCAGUACGCUUGCCUCAGCAAUGGUUUUCGAGACGCCAUGUUUGACUAUAAUGAGGCUGAGAUGACCCAUCGAGAAAACUGCAAAGCCCAGAUCAUGAGGCAGAUGGAGAUUGUUGGCCGGGACGUGACGGGCGAAGAUGUGGAGGAGAUGAUCGAGAAGGGCCAGUGGAAUAUCUUUACUGACAAUGUUGUGAGUGAAGGCAAAACGGCCCGAUCAGCUCUGUUCCAGAUUGAGAAGCGCCAUCAGGAGCUCUUAGAUCUGGAGAACCGUAUCCAGGGAAUCCAUGAGAUUUUCCUGGACAUUGCCCUACUGGUAGAGGAACAAGGCCCAAUGCUGGAUUACGUCCAAACAAAUGUUCAAAAAACCGACGCAGGCAUACAAGAUUCCAUCGUCAAGCUUAAACUGGCUAAAAAACAUGACAACAACAAUCCGUUUAAGAAGAUGUUUUGCAGUUGCUUCCCAUGCUUUAACUAAGGACUGGAACCAUCUGCAAUGUAAAGUCUUUGAUAAAUGCAUUCCUAUUAUUGUUGCAAAGCAAUACUUGUUAUUGAAGGACAAUAAUAUCAAGAACUUAAAUGAAGGUCUAACUGUAGAAUCAGUAGCACAGUCAUCUGCACUAUAUGUAGAGAUAACAAUAUGCUUCUGUAUUAAA